AAAUUACUUUACAGGCACACUGGUUCCGUUGUGUAAGUUGCACAAUUUGAUUUUUAUGAAUCUUUAUCUUAACAAUUUUCAAUGUUCAAUUCCCAGUUGUCUUGGAAACUUGACUUCUUUAACCUCUCUUGAUUUGAGUGAUAAUAUCUUCACUGGUUCAAUUCCAAAUACCAUUGGUAGUCUUUGUAGAUUGCAAGUGCUUGAUUUCUCCGAGAAUAAAUUGACAAAUUCCAUUGCAGAUCUUCCUGAUUGCCUCAUAGAUAGUUUGAAAUAUUUGGAUUUAGGUUAUAACAAUUUCAUUGGUCAACUUCCGACUCAAUUGUACAAGUAUAAGAAUAUGGAAUUUCUUUCUCUCUCUUCAAACUCUUUCUUUGGUCCAAUAAUUGAGUCACUUGGAAAUUUGUCAAUGUUGAGAACCUUGUAUAUUCAUAGCAAUAAGUUUAGCAGUAGCAUUCCCUCAAGUUUUGGAGAACUUUCAAAUCUUGAAGAUGUAGAUAUAUCUGAUAAUUCAUUUGUAGGUGUCCUCUCAGAAAUUCACUUUUCAAAACUUAGUAAUCUUGGAGAUUUGUACAUAUCUAGAAAUUUAUUUGUUUUCAAUAUAAGCUCCAACUGGGUUCCACCUUUUCAACUCUUUGAAAUUUCAAUGGAAUCCGUGAAAAUUGGUCCUCACUUUCCUCAUUGGCUUCGUACUCAAAGAAACGUUGAAACUCUAUUUAUGUCUAAUGCAAGCAUUUCAAGUGCUAUCCCUGAUUGGUUUGGAAAAUUUUUCUGGAAUUGCGAUGCAUUAGAUCUCCAUGAAAAUCAUUUAAGUGGAGAGCUUCCCUUCGAACCCCAUGUUGAAGGUUACAUGAAGGCAUUGAUUCGUUAUCUUUCUCUUUCAACGAAUUAUUUGAGUGGUGGUAUCCCCAAAUGGCUAUGCAGUUUAAAAUAUUUAGAGAUUCUUGCUCUAUCUACAAAUAAGUUAUAUGGAGAAAUACCUUCAUGCUUAGGAAAACUAAAAAAUUUGAAAAUUCUUGAUUUGGGGAAGAACAAUCUAAGUGGCCUCAUUCCAAAUUCAUUGGGAUCUCUACAAGAGCUAUAUUCUUUGCACUUGCAGAACAACAAACUUGAAGGAAAACUCCCCUCAAGCAUGCAGAAUUUAACAAGCUUGGAAAUCUUGGAUUUGAGUGAAAAUGAAUUUAUGGAUGUUAUUCCUCCAUGGAUUGGGAAAAAUUUAUUGAGUUUGAAAUAUCUUGUAUUUUAUACAAAUAAGUUCUAUGGGGAUAUUCCAUUGCAAUUGUGCCAACUGCAUGAUCUUCGAUUGUUGAAUUUGGCAAAUAAUAACAUAUCUGGAUACAUCCCAUGGUGUAUUGGCAACCUGACUGGAAUGGUUUCUAAUGGCAACCUAACAGACUACGGGGAUCGUUCUGCUUAUGGAGGCAAUUACGAUGAUGAAAUUGAUCAAGUCAUAAAAGGAUUAGCAUUGCAAUACACUAAAACCCUUCAAUUCCUAAGAUCUAUAGACCUUUCAGGGAAUCACAUUGUUGGAAAGAUCCCGAUUGAGAUAAUGAGUUUGCAUGCAUUGGAGAACUUGAAUAUUUCUAGAAAUAAUCUAAGUGGAACAAUCCCUAGGACUAUUGGGGAUUUGAGCAAAAUUGAAUCACUUGAUUUAUCUAGAAAUGAGCUCUCUGGUCCCAUUCCACCAAGCUUGUCAUCUUUGAAUUUUUUGAGCCACUUGAACUUAUCAUUCAACAAUUUAUAUGGAAGGAUACCAACAGGACAUCAACUUCAAACCCUCAAUGAUCCAUCCAUUUACAUGGACAAUGCGGGACUUUGUGGUGCCCCACUUCCAAAGGAUUGUCCGGGUGAUGUACCAUCUUUUGCUAAUCAAUCUACAAAAACCAGUAGUGAUGAUGACCAUGAGUUUUUCAUGUGGUUCUAUGCUGGUUUGGGGCCUGGUUUCUUUGUUGGAUUCAUUGGAGUAUUAAGCACUCUACUAUUUGCAAGAUCUUGGAGCUAUGCUUACUUCAAAUUUUUAGAGAUGGCUUACAACAAAAUACUCUAUUAUAUUCAUUAAAGGUCAAUGCUAGUCAAUGAGCAAUUGUGUGUUGAAGGUAUUUGUCAUUGGUCGUCUUUAAUGUGGAUGAUUACUCUUGACAUGUUGGAAGGGAGUUUCUUCCUCUAACGUGAAAGGCAAAA